AGUCUCCAGAAGCUGCGGCGACGGCACCGCCUCCGCCCAGGUUCUCCGGCUUCCUGCCCGGCUCGUCCGGCCCGCGGGUCAUGGAGCUCGGAGCUGCGGAUCGGGAGCAGCCGGCGCGUCCCAACCUGUCCUCCAGGGUCGGCUCCUCCUCAUCACCCUGUGCUCCUUGGGCUUUUCCGCUGCCUACAUCCUGCUGUGCUGCUGGGCCUGCCUGCCCUUCUGCCUGGCCUCCUGCCUGGACUCCCACCUCUCUAUCAACUCCAGGCCCACUGUGCGAGGGCCCCAGCACUUCAGUGGCUACAGCAGCGUGCCAGAUGGCAAGGAUCUUAGUUCCCCGACCAGGGAUUGAACGCGGGCCAUGGCAGUGAACGUGCCGAGCUCUAUCCAUUGGACCAUCAGGGAAUUCCCACAUGUCUUUUUUUUUUUUUUUUUUUUUACUUCAACAAAUAAUUGCCUGGCUGCUCUCAGCUGGGUGCUGGGGAUAAAAAAAGGUGAAUCAGACAGGGUGGCCCCCUGGAACUCCCAGCCCAGCGAGGGGAGCCAGACAUCAUCACAUCACGGUGCUGCGUGCACCUUUAGAUUGACCUGUCUACGCACAAUCCGUUUGUUCAGCAAGUGUGUAUUUGGUGCCUUGGAUGUGUCCUGCCUUGUGCUGAUGGCUGCUGGGGAUACAGAUGACACAGCCGCUGGUCCGAGAGCCGUGCCGCAGCUGUGCCGUGGUAUCCAGCUCGGGCCAGAUGCUGGGCUCGGGCCUGGGUGCGAAGAUCGACGGUGCUGAGUGUGUGCUGCGCAUGAACCAGGCGCCCACUGUGGGCUUCGAGGCGGACGUGGGCCGGCGCAGCACCCUGCGGGUCAUCUCCCACACGAGCGUGCCGCUGCUGCUGCGGAACUACUCGCACUACUUCCAGCAGGCCCGUGACACCGUCUACGUGGUGUGGGGCCAGGGGAGACACAUGGACCGGGCGCUGGGCGGCCGCACCUACCGCAUGCUGCUGCAGCUCACCAGGGUGUACCCGGGCCUGCAGGUGUACACCUUCACCGAGCGCAUGAUGGCCUACUGCGACCAGGUCUUCCAGGACGAGACGGGCAAGAACCGGAGGCAGUCGGGCUCCUUUCUCAGCACCGGCUGGUUCACCAUGAUUCUCGCCCUGGAGCUGUGUGAGGAGAUCGUGGUCUAUGGAAUGGUCAGCGACAGCUACUGCAGGGAGGAGAGCCGCCCCUCGGUGCCUUACCACUACUUCGAGAAGGGCCGGCUGGACGAGUGUCAGAUGUACCUGGCACACGAGCGGGCACCCCGCAGCGCUCACCGCUUCAUCACCGAGAAGGCUGUGUUCUCCCGCUGGGCCAAGAAGAGGCCCAUUGUGUUCGCCCACCCGUCCUGGAGGACCCAGUAGCCCCAUCGCCCAGCCAGCCACGACGCCUUCCCCAGGCCUCUGUUCCGACCACACUCCACCAGAAACAGUUAAUUUAUGGAUCCUGCCUCCUGUCGUGUGCCGAGCAGACCGAAGUUCUCUUCCUGCCCUACCCUGGGGACACCUGGGCCAUCUCAGGCCUCUAGACUUACGGGGAGAAGAGGAGGGCCGUGGUGACCUUUGCACCCUCCUCCCUACCCCUGCUCCCUGAGUAAUCUGAGUCGGAUUCGUCCCACCUCUGAGUCUGUCCGGUGGCCUUUGCUCCCGGGGCUGGCGACCCCCCUAUUCACCAGCACCAUGAAUUUCAACCGAGCACCAGCCCUGGCCCUUCCUCUCUGCACUCCCUCUCCACCUGCCUUGGGUGCCACACUUCCCAGGCUUGUUGCCCUAGUCAGGGCAACCCAGAACUUGGGGUUUGUUGGGCGAAGGGGCCUUUGAACUGUGACUGCCAGGGCCACCUCUGGAGUGUAUGGGUAAACAUGUUUUCUGGAAGCCUG